AGACCGAGCAGCGUUGCAGCAGGCGCAACGUCAUGCUUGGGUGCAGGAGCAGCGUCAUGCUAUGCUGCAGGCGCAAUAUGAAGCUUGGAUGGCCUCCUCAGCUCGCUAUCCGGCUGCUGAGGAGGAGGACGACGCGUGGAUCGUUUCUUCUGAGGACCAGGAAGUGCCACAAGCUGAAGCCGAGGUUGCAGAGGAGGUUUACUCACUGUUUAUGGCUGCAGAGGGCGAUGGCUCUGAGAACGAUUCGGGUCUGAGCAGCACCUGCAGCAAUGACGUUGAUUUCUUCGGUUCUGACACCUCUAGCACGAGCAGCGGCUUCAGUGACAGCAGCAGCAGCGGCCAGAGCUCCCAGGAGGAGCCUUUCACUGCCAUUGCUGUCAACAUCCCCUGCCUUGGUGACUGCAAGCUCAACGGCUAUAACAUUUACAACAAGCAGUACAGUGACAGUGCGUUGCUGCUAGACCUGGUGCUUCUGCUGAUUGCAUUUACAGUGAGUAAGAACGUGGUUGCUGCUGUGCAUCUCGCAUCACGGAUGGGGCUGCUAGGUGCAGACCAGAACGUGGUCAGGGGAACGCCUGCAGCCAGUUGGAGAAUGCUCCCUAUUCAGCGUCCCAAGCCUGGCAGCGCGCGACCAGCAGCGGUAGCGGUUGUGGAGAAAAUGGCGUUGACUGCUUCUGGUGGAGCCCUCAAGCCGCUCCAGGACGGGUCACCAGGGAGCACAAGGCAGCUGUAUCUGAGUGCAAGUGUGCUGUGUGGAUCGAGGACAAUGGUUGCUCCUUCCGGUGGGGGUUUGAAGGAAGCGGCAGUAGCACCACAGAAGAAGAGGCGGCUGGAGUGGGUAGUAGGUGGGAUGUGUGGAUCAAGGGAAGUGUCUUUGAAAGUAUUAAGUGCUGGUCCUGGUGGGAGUAUUAUGGAAGGGUCAGCAGCUCAACAGAGUAUGAGGCAGGAUGGUCAGGUUGGAGGUGCAAGGGAAGUGGUGUCCAGAGCAUUGGUUGCUAUUCCUGGUGGGUCAGCUGCUCUACAGAGCACGAGGCAGCAGCGGGGAAGACUUGGGGUUGCAACACCUGGAGUGAGGGAAGCAGCUUCACGAGUGUUGGCUGCUCUUUCUGGUGGAUCUCUCAGGGAAGGCCCAGCAUCAUCAGCACUGAGAAAGAGGCAGCAUCAGGGAAGAGUUGCAGGGGUGGGAUAUGGAGUGAGGGAAGCAGCUUCACGAGUGUUGGCUGCUCUUUCUGGUGGAUCCCUCAGGGAAGGCCCAGCAUCAUCAGCACUGAGAAAGAGGCAGCUGGAAAAAGUCACAGGCAGGAGAUUCGGAGCUUGGAAGGAUGCUGUAAGGAUGACAUGGGUAGCGGCAGGCAGGCGAUUUGGAGGUUGGAAGGAUUCUUUAAUGAUGUCAUGGGUAGCGGCAAUAAGGCCUCUAUGGAGGCCCUAA